AUGAGGCCCUCCUGGUUUCUCGCUGUUCUUUGCAGGACGGAUACUACGAAACGAAGUGUGUACGGAGAACUUGGUCCUGCGAAGGUCAUCCUUGACAAUGGGAAGUCGUACGGUGGCGUUAAGUGGGAUGGCACCUUCUCAAUACCCGAUGUGCAUCCAGGCACAUACAUUCUCUCCGUCCUAGCCCACAAUUUCACGUUUGACAAGCUGCGAGUGGAUGUCAGCGAUUCGGAUUCAUUGCCUGAAGUGCGACCAUAUAUCCCUGGAACACCCCUAUCUCCCCCCUCGCAGGUCAUGCUACCGUAUCCCAUCCUUCUGGCUCCUAGACAAAGGAACAAUUACUUCGUGCCCAGGCAGACGUUCAACCUGCUUGGCAUGUUCCAGAAUCCUAUGAUGCUCAUGAUGGUUGCGGCCGGCGCCAUGAUGCUAGGUGCACCCUAUCUCCUGAAGAGUCUCGAUCCCGAAGCGCUGGAGGACUUUAAGGCACGACAGGCGAAAUAUAGCGGUAUUCAGAACUCCAUUCAGAGCGGCGACUUUAAAGCCGGUCUCUCCGCCCUUAUGCCUAAUGACGACAGGGCACGAAGCACAGGCGUGUCGACAUCUGGCAGCCAAUCUAAUCAGACACCUACGAAGGGCAAGGGGAAGGGUAGGAGACGCUGA